AAAAUAUACAGUACAAUACAUUUCAGGCUGCCUGGAGCAGUUGUAGCAGGCUAUGUCAUGCGCACAUACUGCCGUGUGUACGGUAACCAAAGGAAUGUGUCACACCAGUGUAGAGCCGUAAUGAUGUCAACUUGUUAUUUACUUUCCAAAUCUGAAUGACUGAGCAAGGCGAAAGGAGAAUUAAUCAACCGCUGUGUGACCGGGCAGGCGAAAAAUAGUGGAGUGUGGGGGAGGGGAAGUGGCUCAGAGGCCGGAUAGGCAACAUGCUCGACUGUAUCUCAGCUCAGUGCUUACACUAAAACAAAAACAUCAAAGUCAUAUUACACUUUAGCACGGUUUUACGAGAGCGUGCUAAUUGUACAAACCAAAUGCGUAUUUCUGCUAAAGUUUAAGCCACGUUAGCUUCGUUUUAAGUACCCGUUUAAGUUAGCUGUAUCAAACAUACAGUAGCUGGUGUGUGGAAACGACUCACAGCCGUUGUAACCAGACGUAGGACGACAACACACUUUAAUCUCUUUAUGUAAGCGCUCGUAGUGGAGAUAGCUAGUAGUACGUCACCCGGCCAAUUAGGUCGAUGAGAUAUACCGGAUAUGAAACGACUGGUAGUAACGGUUAGCCGUGUUUUCAAUAUUCAGGUUUAAGGUCAGUUAGUCCCCCCCCCCCUUACUCUCGCUCUCUCUCUCUCCUCUAUUCUCUGUCUACAUCUCUCUCCCGCUGCCGAUCAGCGCCUGCUGCUGUCUCUUUACGUUGCUGUUCUCAGUGAACGGUGAAACUCCAGAGUAGCCUGCAGCCCCAGCCACAGAAACUCGGGUUUAUUCCAACUUUACCGCCACUUGUGUGUGUGUUUAUAUAUAUGUGUGUGUGUGUUUGUGUGUCUGGGCGACUACGCUUUGUUAGCGCCCCAAAUUAGCCGACAGUGAGUCAUACACCAGCGGUCGGAAGUUGAAGUAUGACGAUAAGCGAAAUGGGAGGAAAGUCGUUGCUAGCUUGAACUGAAGUUGGAGGGUUCUCCUUGUGGAAGAGGAAGAGGUGGCGGCGGACACCACGAGUUCACUCUCACAAUAAAAGGAGUGAGCCCAGCCUUCCAACAGACCUCCUCUGUUUCUUUGGGCUAAAAUGAGUAUUACCAGUGACGAAGUGAACUUCUUGGUCUACAGAUACCUCCAAGAAUCAGGUUUCUCUCACUCAGCAUUCACCUUUGGCAUCGAGAGCCACAUCAGCCAGUCUAACAUCAAUGGAACAUUAGUGCCCCCUGCAGCCCUCAUCUCCAUCCUGCAGAAAGGGCUUCAGUAUGUGGAGGCAGAAAUCAGCAUCAAUGAGGACGGUACAGUCUUCGACGGUCGGCCAAUUGAGUCGCUGUCACUCAUCGACGCAGUGAUGCCAGAUGUGGUGCAGACGCGGCAGCAGGCCUUCCGCGACAGAUUAGCCCAGCAGCAGGCCACUUGUGCCACGGUAGCUUCGACCUCUGGAAAUCAGUCCAAUGCACCAAAGAAUGGAGAAGCCACUGUCAACGGGGAGGAGAAUGGCACUCACAACAUGAAUAACCACUGUGAGCCCAUGGAGAUGGAUGUGGAUGUGGAGAUACCAGCCAGUAAAGCCACAGUGCUCCGAGGCCACGAGUCUGAAGUGUUCAUCUGUGCCUGGAACUCUGUCAGCGAUCUGCUGGCCUCAGGCUCGGGGGACUCCACCGCCAGGAUCUGGAACCUCAACGAGAAAAAUAACUCCAACUCCACCCAGCUGGUGCUGCGCCAUUGUAUCCGAGAAGGUGGCCAGGAUGUCCCCAGCAACAAAGAUGUCACCUCAUUAGACUGGAAUAGCGAGGGGACGCUCCUGGCAACAGGCUCAUAUGAUGGAUAUGCCAGGAUAUGGACAAAAGAUGGAAAUCUGGCAAGCACCUUGGGGCAGCACAAAGGACCCAUAUUUGCACUCAAGUGGAACAAGAAGGGGAACUCUAUUCUCAGUGCUGGCGUAGAUAAGACUACAAUCAUUUGGGAUGCACACACAGGAGAGGCCAAGCAGCAGUUCCCUUUUCACUCAGCUCCAGCACUGGAUGUCGACUGGCAGAACAACACCACCUUUGCCUCCUGCAGCACAGACAUGUGCAUCCAUGUAUGUCGCCUCGGCAGCGACCGGCCCCUCAAGACCUUUCAGGGCCACACGAAUGAAGUUAAUGCCAUUAAGUGGGAUCCAUCAGGUAUGCUGCUUGCCUCCUGCUCAGAUGACAUGACCUUAAAGAUUUGGAGUAUGAAGCAGGAGUCCUGUGUCCACGACCUCCAGGCUCAUAGUAAAGAGAUCUACACUAUCAAAUGGAGUCCCACAGGCCCCGGCACGAACAACCCCAACUCCAACAUCAUGCUGGCCAGCGCAUCUUUUGACUCGACUGUGCGACUGUGGGAUGUUGAACGGGGGGUUUGUAUUCACACGCUGACAAAGCACCAGGAACCUGUCUACAGUGUGGCCUUCAGCCCCGACGGCAAGCACCUGGCUAGUGGCUCGUUCGAUAAGUGUGUCCACAUUUGGAACACCACGACUGGAGCCUUGGUGCACAGCUACAGGGGUACCGGUGGUAUUUUCGAGGUGUGCUGGAACAGCACCGGGGAUAAAGUCGGUGCCAGUGCGUCAGACGGCUCGGUAUGUGUUCUUGAUCUCCGAAAAUAGCCACCAUGACUUUGAUGAAUCCUGGAAUGUGCAGUAGAUUGCCUUCUUCUGACAUCAGCUAACACACUCUUUGCUCAAGAGGGGCUGUAAGGUGGAGCGAAACAAAACCCUCAAAGGAUUAAAACCAGAUGACUAGAAGAAGAAGAAGAAGAAGUACUUUAUUGAUCCCCGUGGGGAAAUUGAUCCUCUGCAUUUGACCCAUCCUAUACACACACACUAGGAGCAGUGGGCAGCCGCAGUGCAGCGCCCGGGGACCAACUCCAGUCUUUUGCCAGUGCCUUUGUCAGGGGCACUGACAGGAGUAGCUUCUGAGGAGCCAACACCAACUGAAAUCAGUGCACCUUACAGUUUGUUGAUGUGUGUUUUUUAUGAUGCGCCUGUUUGAGACAUAAUGGAAGCCGGUAAGAGAUCCCCAAGACUGGACUAAAUCCAACUCCCUCGGUGCAUCCGUGUUUUACAAGGUUUCUAAUGAGGAAGUGCUGCGAUCCCUCCGGGCCACUGGUCCAGCUGUUAUCGGGUUGUAAGGAUGGAAACACAAAGAUGAGUUUUAUAAAGAGAAAAGUGUUACUGAGACACGCAUGUUUGGCUGUGAAAGGCAACAAAUUCUGAAAGAAAGGGUUGUGGUUUUACAAUCCCUCUGAGCAAAUGUUACUUAAUGUCCAAAUGAACUAACUGGACACAUGAUUGAAAGUAACAUCAAUACUGAAGCACUGGUAUUGUCUGUUGACAGAGUGCUGAACCUCUCCUCAGCGGAGAAUAGUUUGUUUCAAGAGUACUUCUUACUUUUUUGUGUCUAUUUUCCACAGAUGGACUCUUGAAAGUCAAAAUUGAAUGUGCCGCUACAAGGCAGUCCUUAGCUCACAUUUAACAUCAGGUCAACAAAAGGAAAUCCUGCCAAGAAAUAGUCCUAACCUCCUAAAAUGACCUGCUCAAUUCACUCAAGAUUAGAAAAUGUCAUUUUGUGGACAAGAUGUGAAAAGUGUGGUUUACAAAGAGAAUUUUCUCCCUUUUUGGAUGUAAAUUUAAAGAAUGUAAAGAUAUGUAAAUUAGAUUAAUACACAGACUUAUAUACUGUGUAUAUAUGUUUAUAUACAGUACACUUUAUUGCCGUCAUGUAGGGGCUCAUUAAUGGCUAGAGCUGUCACAUCUUUGCUGAUAAUCCAUGACGAGACCUCUUUUUAAAUGAAGUGCAUGUCUCAUCAGCGUCUUUUUUAAUACAGUCUUUCUCAACUCGGCCAAUCAUAUCUAAUACAUCAAGUUGUUUGUUUUUUUUCCAGCAAGUCACAAAUGACAUUGAGACGGAUGUGUUAAGCAGGUUUACUGUCCUCCAUUGAUCACUGAAAGCCAUGGAAGAAAUGUGCGCCUCAUUACCUGCAUUCAGGGAAUUAUCUGGUCAACAACCCGGGAGGGAGCAGUCGUCAGUCUCCUGCUCGGUUUGCUGCUUUAAGUUCAUGUUGUAUGUGGAACGGGACAUCACAGACUCAACAAAACCAUGCCUGUGAGAGAGUAUCAUGCAGACCCGAGUGGGGGGGGAAACAACUAGUUUAUUUAGCAUUACCAUGGUUUCUCUGUGGCACUUUCCCUCUGAUCAAUCUACUGAAAAUUCAGAGCCCAUCUAAUGCUACCAGCUGAUCGGAUUUGAAAAGCCUGUGUUGUGGGCCGAGCUUCAACAGUGUGCAGUAUGUCUGUCUGUUUCUGCUUACUGGGAUCUAAUGUAAAAGAAAGUUAUCUUCAGACUAACAUGUCACCACUUUGAUUUGCCUUUUUUGGUUGGACCACAGCGGGCCAGCCCUAUAAACGUGAAAGUCUGUGACUGACUGAUUGACUGAGUGAUGAAGUUACACCAUUGGUCGACUGAGUGAUGAAGUUAACUUCAUCAGUCGCCUCGGCCGAGUGUCGCCACUUCCUGUAUCCGUCGUCUCAAAUGAAAAGCCCUCUAGUGUUUCUGACAUGGUCCAGCCAUACACUAGGCUUUGACCUAGUCUUGUUUUUCUGGACUUUCCCUUUCAGUCAAUUUCUUCUAGAGCAAUGCAAAGUGCACUUUUUUGUCAUGAUGGGUUUGGCAAAUGUUAAGAUUUUGCUGAAAGUGAAGGGCCAAUGUUUUAUUUUUGUCUUUUUUUUUUUUUUUUUUUUUUUAAUGUCACAAUUGGAUGUUAAUGGGUGGUUCAUCAUUUUCUGACUUUUUCAGAGCCAUUAUUGUCUGUGUCAGACUGAGAAUUGGGCUGUGGGUUGGUGGCCAUUCUUGGCGUGCUAAGGAGCUCAGUAGGGAAUAAGUGCUGUGACAGCUACUAUCUCUCGCACCCUGGUCCAGGGUGUGGUCACCUGUUUCCAAUACAAAAUGUUCAAGUCAUUCAGUGUCUCAAAUAAAUCACUCUAUUUUGAUAUCAGAAAACAUGGAGCCCGUGUU